AUGGAUGAAAGCACGGCGAAUUCUACGUCUAACGCCUCGUGCUCGCUGCUCCCCUCCCCGUAUCUUGUUGAACACCCGGCUUUAGCUGCUACAAGGCUGUCAGUAGAGGCUGGCGCCGCGAUUGUUGGCGUUCUUGGCAACAUUCUCGUGUGCGUGCUUGCAACAAGGAUGCGCAUUCUAGGCCCGUCUGAUGGCCUCUACAUCCGUAGCUUGGCCAUCUCAGACCUAGGCAUCCUCCUGGUAAAUUUUCCAAUUGCUGUCAUCAAGGAACAGUCCCCUCUAAACUGGCCGAUUGGUAGAGUUAUGUGCUAUGUGCUGUACCCGGUCUCGGAGAUGUUCCAUGGAGCUUGCAUCUGGUCGAUCGUGGCGAUCGCGAUCGAGAGGUAUCGUAUUAUCGUCCACAACACCCACCCAAGUCUUACGGCUACCAAGUUGACUAUUCUAUCCAUAUGGCUUGGUGCGUUCGCCUUGUUUGUUGUUCCACUACUUUUUAUCGUGUGUUAUGAGGUGCACCCGUGCGGUACGCUUUGUCUGUUCAAAUGGCCCAACAUGAUGCACAAUAGUUACAUCGUGCUCGAUAUUUGCCUGUUAUACCUGCUACCGCUUAUGGCGAUUUUGUUCACUUACGCUCGCAUCACUCGAGAGCUGAACAAGAGCACCACGCUACACCGACAUCUGGCGUCCGUACUCGAGGCACGCAAAGACGAGGAACUGGAGAGAGUAAGACAAAACGCGCGCACGAAGCAGCUUCUGACGGCGCUAGUGUGGGUCUUCACCAUAACGAUGCUACCGCUCAACUUGUUCAGGCUCGUGUUCAUCUGCUGGAAAGACUUCAGCAAACACAGGCUCUUCCUUGUGUUUUAUAACGUGUCUGUGCUAGGAGUAGUGGUAAGCUCCGCGGCCGACCCUAUCAUUUAUUCGAUUAUUACGAGAGCUUUCAUCGCAAGCCUCAUGUGCAAGUGGAAGAAACGUAACGAUGGAGAAGAAAAAAUGGUAGAAUCUAAAUUGUAA